GUUGCACAAUACAGUCAGCUGCUAUGAAUCAGCGGAGCGUGAAUUAAUAGAAAAGCCGGAAGUAAAGGUACAAACCUCAUUGCAAAGGGUCAACGAGGUAGGGUAAGAGAGCUUCCUGAAGAAGGGUCUAGACCCGAAACGUCAGCUUUCCUGCUCCGUUCAUCCAGCUCUACAUCUUGAUAUCGCAGAUUCUCCAGCAUCAGCAGUUCCUACAAUCUCGGGAUAAGAGAGCUGCUGUGUGGGUUGAACAGCGUGCAAAGUUGCUGGUUUGAAGAUUAGUGUCAAGGAUGAUGUUCAUCUUUGCCUCAUUCCUCUGUGUUUCCAUGGUGAUGGCCAACCCAUUGCCAGAUUUGGAGCCCCUGUCCCAGAAUAUGGUCAACUUCAUCAACAAACUGAACACUACCUGGCAGGCUGGUCACAAUUUCCAGAAUGUUCCUUGGAGUUAUGUGAAGAGACUGUGUGGAACAUUCCUCAAUGGACCAAAACUGCCCUUAAGAUCUCAGAAGCUCACUGCUUUGAACCUACCAACAGACUUUGACUCUCGGGAAUGGUGGCCAAAUUGUCCCACCAUCAAGGAAAUCCGUGACCAGGGAUCAUGUGGAUCAUGCUGGGCCUUUGGUGCAGUGGAAGCAAUGUCCGAUAGGAUUUGUAUCCAUUCCAGAGGGGAAGUUAAUGUGGAGAUCUCGGCUGAAGACCUUCUGAGCUGUUGUAAAUUUGAAUGUGGGAAUGGGUAA